AGUGCUUGUGUCUUACUUAAUAAGCAUAAAAUCUGAUGUCUUCUGACACCUGGGCGAAGAUCGAACCCGAGAGCCUGGGGCCCAGCUUGAAGAAAUUCAGACAAGCCGAAGCCCCCGCCGACCAAAGGAAAGAGCUCUUGGCCAGAAGGCCCAGCUGGGCCCGUAAAAAAGCAAACACUUUUGACCCAAACACUCAAAACAUCGUUUUCCAGCAAAUAGAAUGCGACCACGUCAUCGUCAGCGAGCCGUACGCCUCUCCCAAGGCCUUCGAGGACGGAGAGCCCCUGUCUAAAAUCGCCGUCAUUCGCUUGUUCGGCUGCACAGAAGACGGCAACAGUGUGUUGCUGAACGUGUAUGGCUUUAUGCCGUAUUGCUACGUCGCCGUCCCCGCCGGGGCGUCUCAGAUAGAAGACUACGCCCUUUGCAAGGCGAUGAAGACCGAGCUCAACUCGGAGCUGAAGCAGGCCCUGGAAUCGACGCCUUACAGCACGGAGUGCUACGUCGUCAGCGUCGACACCAUCAGGCGGUCGGACAUUAUGUAUUACCAGGGCAGCGAAAAGCGCCAGUUUUUCAAAAUCACGUUCGCGCUGCCCAAGCACGUCGCGACCGCUCGUAAAAUUCUGGAACAGGGCAUUAACGUCCCCUAUAUCGGGUACCACGCGUUCCAGACGUACGAGAGUAGCAUCGCGUUUAUUUUGCGCUUCAUGAUAGACCGCGACAUUUCGGGCAUGAGUUGGAUAGAGGCGACGGCGAGAAAGUGGAUCUAUUCGCCCUCUCCCGUCAGCUCCUGUCAAAUUGAGAUCGACUGCUAUUACAAGGACUUGAAGUCCUACCCCACAGACGGAGAGUGGAUGAAGGUCGCGCCCCUUCGCAUCCUUUCCUUCGACAUCGAGUCCUCCAGUCAGAAGAACAAUUUUCCGAGCCCGCAACAAGAUCCCGUGAUCCAAAUAGCUAACAUUGUGACUGUCUACGGCCGCAACGAGGAGAUCGUCAGAAACGUGUUCGUGUUGGGUUCGUGCACGCCCAUCGUGAACGUGGACGUCCUGUGCUUCGAGAGCGAGGCCGACUUGCUCGACGCCUGGAGGGACUUCGUGCUCUGCUGCGACCCGGACAUUCUGACGGGAUACAACGUGGUCAACUUCGACAUUCCGUACCUCUUCGACCGCGCCAGACAGCUGAGGCUCGAGCUCGACCGCGCCAGACAACAAAAGCUGGCGCAAUUUCCGUACAUGUCUAGAAUCAAGGAGAGCGAAACCAAAAUUGUGACCAAGAACUUCGUUUCCCACGCGCACGGCAAGAAAGAGUCCAAGAGGGUGUUGAUGUUUGGCCGCGUCUUUUUCGACGCGUACCAGGUCAUUCAGAGGGACUACAAGCUCCGGUCCUACACGCUCAACUCUGUCAGCGACGAGUUCCUGGGCGAGCAGAAGGAGGACGUGCACUAUUCGAUCAUUUCCAAGCUCUAUCAGGGGACCGCCGACGACCGCCGAAGGCUCGCGGUCUACUGCGUCAAGGACGCCUAUCUGCCGACCAGACUGCUCGAAAAGCUGAUGUCGCUGACGAAUUACAUCGAGAUGGCUCGCGUGACGGGGGUUCCAUUCUCGUACCUGCUGAUCCGCGGAGAGAGCAUCAAGGUGAUGGCCCAGCUCUACAGACACGCCAGGAAGGAGGGCGUCCUGAUACCCUACCAGGGCAAGGACGACUCGAACAAGAGCUACGAAGGCGCCACGGUGAUUCGGCCACAGAAGGGGUACCACAACGUGCCAAUCGCGAUUCUCGAUUUCGCGAGUUUGUACCCUUCGAUCAUGAUAGCCCACAACAUAUGCUAUUCGACGCUCGUGAAGGGCAGUCCGGGACAGGUGGUCCCGGAAGAGGACGUGAUCGUUUCCCCCGCCGGACACAGCUUUGUCAAAUAUAGAGUCAGGAAGGGAAUCCUGCCCCAAAUUCUGGAAGAGCUGAUCACGCAGCGCUCGGCGGCCAAGAAGGAGAUGGCUACCUGCUCCGACGCCGCGAAGUACGCGGCCUUGAACGCUCGUCAGCUCGCGCUCAAACUGUCGGCCAACUCGGUGUACGGGUUUACAGGCGCGCUGGUGGGGUCGCUGCCCUGCAUCGAGGUCUCCUCCUCCGUCACGGCGUUCGGCCGAGAGAUGAUCCAGUUCACGGUCGAGACGAUCAACAACGAAUACAGGGUCGAGAACGGAUACGAACACGACUGCGCCAUUGUGUACGGAGACACCGACUCCGUGAUGGUCAAGUUCGGCACGUCGGACCUGAACGAGGCCAUCCAGCUCGGCAAGCGGGCGGCCGAGUUCGUGACCUCCAAGUUCCCGAGACCCGUCUCGCUGGAGUUCGAGAAGGUCUACUAUCCGUACUUGCUCGUUUCCAAGAAGCGGUACGCCGGCCUGCUGUGGACCAACGCGGAGAAGUGGGAAAGACUGGACACCAAGGGCCUGGAGACCGUGAGGCGGGACAACUGCCUUUUGGUCAAGCACGUGGUGAACGUGUGUUUGAGGAACAUUUUGAUCGAGCAAAACAUCGAAAAAGCGAUCAACUACUGCAAGGAGGUGUUGAGCGAUUUGCUGAUGAAUCGCCUGGACAUCUCGAUGCUGGUGAUCACCAAGGCCCUGAGCAAGAAGGACGAUGAGUACAAGGGCAAGCAGGCCCACGUCGAACUGAAGAAGAAGGUCGAAAAGCGCGAGGAAAAAACCUACGCCCUAGGAGACCGAAUUCCAUACAUCAUCAAGAAGGGCGCCCGGAAGGCGACCAUAUCGGAGAGGGCCGAGGAUCCCAUCUACGUGCUGAAAAACAACAUACCGGUCGACACUCAGUUCUAUGUCGACAUGCUGUCGCGCCCCCUGUUGCGCAUUUUCGGCCCAAUUUUGGAAAACCCGCAGUCCGUGUUGCUACAGGGGCAGCACAUGUUGGACAUAACUGUCCCGACGCCAAAAACGGGGGGAAUCGUCGGAUUCACCAAGGUGCAUCCGUCUUGCCAAGGGUGCAAGGCUCUGCUCGGCGAGGACGAGAAGAUUCUGUGUCGCUACUGUCAGCCCCAGGCGCCCCUGUUUUACAACAGGCUUCUGGAGCUGUUCAGGCAGAACGAGCGCAAUUAUUCGAGGGUGUGGACUCAGUGCCAGCGGUGUCAAGGGUCGAUGCACCAAGAGGUCCUCUGCACCGCGAGGGACUGUCCCAUUUUCUAUCUGAGAACCAAGCUACAGAUGGACUUGGAGGCCAACAGCAAGCAGUUAGAGCUAUACGGGAUCGACUGGUGAUAGAUUCUUUUUGCGAGAGGGGGGAAGGCGCGCGACAAACUUGCGAGCGAGAGGCCGCCCUGGCCUCUCUCUCUCUUGCGCGCGUGUUGUUUCUUGACUCCCCCCGUGGCGAGCCCGCAGGAAGCGCGCAGGACGGCGGCGCCCUCGUUCUCUCGAGUGGGCGGGCGGCCUUUUUGUGGGACGCUCUCCCUCACACAGGGGAGGGGGGGGCGUACAAACUUGAGCUGCAACGGCUUUUUUUUUUUGGUGCCGCGGCACCUUGGUUUUUUGUAGAAGGUUUUCCCUUGUACGGGGGCGUACAAAUUUGGGUCAGAACGGUUUUUUUUUGUGGCACCGCGAACACGUUUUAAGGUUAGCGAAGCGGGGUCGCAGAGAGGGAGAGAGAGACGGGCCGAUUUUGGAGGGAGCGGUACCGAGCUGCGAGCGUGGCGUCCAAGGUCGGCGCGGAUUUGCUCGAAUCGAUUCGUUUGAACGCGACGUUUUUGAAAAAAAGGGGGGGGGCCCAGAGAGCGUGGGGAGUGAGAGGAGGGUUGGGACGCGUGAGAGACGGCCCUCCGCUCCUGCGGAGCUCGGAUUUGUCUUCUUCCCCGUUUGCGCGAUGCUGGGCGGGGCCGCGACCGCGGUGUCGAGCGCUGGAAAAAAAAAAGCAGUACAGAUGUGUAAGUUGUACGCAUUGAAAUUGUUGUACAAGAGCAUUUGGUAGUAGAGUUCGUCUCACAUUUGCGUAGACUUGGCGAGGUUCUGUUUUUUUUUGGCAUCUGAGUGCUUUGCCUGGAAACCGAGAAGGGGCGGAGAAUCCAAUCCCGGCGCGACCGUCGGCGUUAGCUUGAACAGAUUUGAAGUAAGGCUCUAGAGGCAUGGACGAAAGUCGGCGGUCUGUUGGGUUAGACGGCGGCCUGACGAGUUUUGGGGAUGCGCUGAGCAGCGACCUGGGGACAGGUUGCGACCAGCGGUGCGAGUCGAUGGCGGUUGAGCAGCACUUUGACGAGCCUGAAUUUGAAGAUGGUCGCGAUGCGAGAUGCAAGCAGGAGCAGCUGGAGUUAGAGCCCAGGAUAAAGGGCAAGAGGAUUGGUUACUUUAUUUCGUCUUUGUUGAAGAGUUACGAUGAAUCACCAGAAACGAUCGAUGAGGUGCUGAACUCUUCAGAAGAGGGCCCUUCUUUGAAAAAGAGAAUGUCGGAUGAGGACACUAUAGACGUUUCGUCUGGCGUCCGCGGGGAGUCUCGCCAGUCGGUGGACGGUUGCGGGUGGAUGGGCGACGAUUUCGAUAUGUUGGACUCUUUUUCGGAAGAAUCAGACGACAGCCAAGAUUUUGGGCUUUCGCUUUCGACGUAUUCCAAAUUGAGCGAUUCGUUUCUGUUGGCGGAAGGAGUUGGUGACGAGCUGUUCGAUGCGGCAAAGAGCGAGUCGGGGCUGACUGCCCAGACGGGUCUCGAAGCGCCGGCGCCGAGCGAGGCCGAAGAAGGUGUCGCGAAUGACCGGCGGGGCCGUUUUUGUUCGAAAGGCUUUGAUUGGAGUGAUUUUGUGUCGGAGAGAAAGAGGCGUUUGACGAUGUCUUGGAAGGUCCACCGAAUGCGACUUCAGAUGUCGGUCUUGAAGCUUCAGAAGCACCAGAUGCAGUACUAUUGGGAGAUCAUCCGCGAGAUAGCCGUGAUUGAGUCAGAAAUCGAGGCCGCAACUCGCGACUGGAAGCGGCGCAAGGACAAGGAGAAGUACUUCGCUAAGCUGAGGCAGCGAGAGUCUUUGAUUGCCGCUCGCCGUAAGGCGCUAUCGGAGCACCAACUCAAGCGCGAGUCCGGGGGAGGCGGAGACGCGCAGGCCGGGUCCAAAUCCUCGCAAAAGGACGGCACCAAGCACUUGAGCGAGGAGGAUUUGGCAGACACCGGCGAUUCCAAUGGCAACAAAGCGGGCGGGAACAGCGUGAAGAAGAAGCCGCUCCUCAUAAUUAAAAAGGACGGAAAAGAAGUCCGGCGAAAAUCGGCUUAUUCGACCAACAACAGUAACGUGUCAUCUGUACAGAACAAGACGCUCACUUCGAUAGGCACUUGCACUUUCAACGGGUGCUCCGAACGAGUCCUUCCGCUCACCAACUUCUGCUAUUGCCACAUCUUAUAUGACCAAAAUCAGCUCUUCUUCAGCGCGUGCACCUACGUCUCUCCGGAAACCGGCCAGCACUGCAUAUAUCCGAUUGUCAAGUAUCAGAAUCCGCCUUACUGCGCCAACCACGCCGACCUCCAACUCAAAGAAAAGCCCGCCUCGAAAAAGAGCAAGAGGCGAGAGAGCCCGGGAAAGGACGAGGACCCCGACGAAGACUACGAAGAAGAAAAAGAAGAGCUAGUCGGCACCGCCGCCAAUUAUCCAGAAGAGGCGGAAAUUCCAGCUGAGUGAAAAGAACCCUCGGAAGGGCUGAAUUUUUGUCGCCAACCACUGCAAAUAAAAACUGUUCUGCACCCAAGGUGAAGGGUCAUCCUGGCCGGCCAUUUUCGAAGCGCUUGGUAGCCAAAUGUACGCGAGGGAUUGAAAUGUUGUAUUUUGAAUCCUAAAAAAAAAAAAAAA